CACCAUAAACAUUCAGUUUGAACCAGCUUUGUUUGCGCAUCUUCCUCCCCUUUUCGUCCACGGCUCACUUUUACAUGAAGCCCGUUUUGAGGAAUGCACGCUCGUCUUGCACAAGCAUUCCUGCCUCCUCCUAGACAUCACAUCCGGGUCACUCGGCAGUCAGCGUGUAAGCGAGCGUGCUCCUCCAUACAGUUGCGUACUGCUGCUGCAGCUCUCAGCGCAACUCCACUGCGUGCAACAUGGACACUACGAGCAGCGGCCAGCGGCGAAGGAUCUGAGCGCGCCUCGGGACUCGCGAUACGCCACACCGGGGCAGGGAUGAGGUACCAUCCAGCAGCCGCACACUGGUAGGCGAGUCAUCAGUUGUCAGCGAUGUCAAAGAGUCUGAAAAAGAAGAACCACUGGACGAACAAAGUCCACGAAGCGGUGCUCACCAGGAAUAAGGAGGGUGAGCUAGGGUUCGACCUGAAAGGGGGCGCCGAGAACGGCAAUUUCCCUUAUUUUGGGGAGGUGAAGCAGGGUAAAGUGGCCAUCCAGAGCGGCAAGCUGUCCCAGGACGAGCUGCUCUUGGAGGUCAACGAUACACCGGUGGCGGGGCUCACCACCAGGGAUGUGCUGGCCGUGAUCAAGCACUGCAAAGACCCGUUCCGGCUGAAGUGCGUAAAGCAAGGAGGUGUUGUGGAUAAAGAUCUCCGGCAUUAUCUCAACCUACGGUUCCAGAAGGGUUCAGUGGACCACGAGCUUCAGCAAAUCAUACGUGAUAACCUCUACCUCCGGACUGUGCCGUGCACAACGAGACAGCCCAAAGAGGGGGAGGUCCCAGGUGUGGACUACAACUUUGUGAGCAUUGAGCGGUUUAUGGAAUUAGAGAAAAGUGGGGCUUUGUUAGAAAGUGGAACAUACGAAGAUAACUUCUAUGGCACGCCAAAGCCUCCUGCCGAACCCACGCCGAUGCUGUUUAAUGUGACGGACCAACUCUUGCCCGGUGCCCGACCCAGUGCAGAGGGAAAAAGGAAGAGAAAUAAGUCCGUCAGCAACAUGGAGAAGGACAGCAUUGAGCCGCCAGAAGAGGAGGAGGAAGAGAGCCCCGUCAUCAAUGGCAACGGCAUCGCCAUCACACCAGAAUCGAGCGAACAUGAGGACAAGAGUACUGAUGCUUCGGGAGACGUGCCCAUCCAGCCAUGCCCACCCGAGACCCCCACCCUCACCACCACAGAUGCCCCUGAGGAGGAAGGAGACGCCCCCAAGUCCCCACAAGACUCCCAGGACAAUGAGGAACUGGGCCCUUUGCCAGAUAACUGGGAGAUGGCCUACACUGAGAAAGGAGAAGUUUACUUCAUAGAUCACAAUACCAAAACAACGUCAUGGCUCGACCCUCGACUAGCAAAGAAAGCCAAGCCCCCAGAGGAGUGUGAGGAAGAUGAACUUCCAUAUGGCUGGGAGAAAAUAGACGACCCUAUUUAUGGCAGUUACUAUGUCGACCACAUUAACAGAAGGACACAGUUUGAGAACCCCGUCCUAGAGGCCAAACGAAGGAUCCAACAGCAACAGCAAAUGCAAAGUCAAGGUCUAUCGGCGUUGCCAUUGCCCACAAUAUAUAGAGAAAAGCCUCCAUUCACGAGGGACGCCACACAACUUAAAGGGACGUUCCUCACCACGGUGCUGCAGAAGAGCAAUAUGGGAUUCGGCUUCACCAUUAUUGGUGGGGACGAGCCGGAUGAGUUCCUACAGGUCAAGAGCGUCAUACCUGAGGGACCUGCAGCCCAGGAUGGCAAGAUGGACACAGGUGAUGUGAUCGUCUACAUCAAUGACAUCUGUGUUUUGGGCACCACCCAUUCGGAUGUGGUGAAGCUUUUCCAAUCGGUCCCCAUUGGCCAGAGUGUCACCCUGGUGCUGUGUCGAGGUUACCCUCUCCCUUAUGACCCAGGAGACCCCUCCGCUAGCUCCUCCAUGCCCCCUUUGGGCCUAGUGGAUCACCCGUUGCUGCUCAAUGGAAGAAACAGCUAUGAAAAUUACAUGGAGUACAUGUCUUUGACUGGCCGCUUGGUACCCGAGCAUGGAGAGGGCCUUACCCCGCAUCCCCAUCCUGGAGACACACACCUGGACGGCUCGCAGCCUCCAUCCCUGACCACACCGGGACCCCCACCUGAUGACAACGUCUCCAUGGCGUCAUCAUCAGGAGCAACCGCCGGGGCUCAAGUGGCCCCUGAGCUCCUGAGUCUCACUAUAACCAAAGGUGCAGAGGGUUUCGGGUUCACCAUAGCGGACAGUCCCACAGGGCAAAGAGUCAAACAGGUUCUGGAGCCACAGGGUUGUCCCGGGUUAUGUGAAGGAGAUUUGAUGGUGGAGAUUAAUCAGAAGGGUCUCCAGGGACUCAACCACACACAGGUGGUGCAGCUGCUCAAGGACUGUCCAGUGGGAACAGAGGCUACGCUUGUCAUUCAGAGAGGAGCAGCAGCAGGCCUCUACACACCCUGGGAUCCCACAAAACAGUGGGAUCCUCAAGGAAGCCCCCAGACCAUCUUGUCGGCUGCUUUGCUCCCCCAUGGUGCUCCACAUCCCGGCCAGCCGCUCCAUCGCUCCUCUGUUCCGGACACGGAGGGCUUCCACCUGGGCAAACCUGACCCCUAUGACCUCUAUGAGAAGUCACGUGCCAUUUACGAAAGCAGACGUGUGGAGUAUCAGGAAGUGGAGGUGCACCUGCUGCGUGAGAAGACUGGCUUCGGCUUUAGGAUCCUGGGUGGAGACGAGGCGGUGCAGGCUGUGAGUCCGGAGGCCCGUGACAAGAUCGUGAUCGGAGCAAUCAUAGAGAACAGCCCUGCGGAGCGCGACGGCAGACUGCGUCCAGGAGAUGAGCUGGUCUCUGUUGACAGGAUGCCCGUGGCGGGGAGACCACACCGCUACGUCAUCGACCUCAUGCACGCGGCGGCACGAAACGGACAGGUCACCCUGACCGUGAGGAGGAGAGUUCUGCUGCAGCAGGGCCAGCCGUGUGAGGAAAACGGUGCAGCAGCCAAUCAAAGCAGUUCUCCUCGGGGUCACGCAGUGUGCCCGGUCAACUUGCCCCCCACCACUGAUGUAGUUAUCCACCGUAAGGAAAGCGAAGGCUUUGGCUUUGUCAUCAUCAGCUCCCUCAACCGCCCAGAGACCACAAACACAAUAACUGUGCCACAUAAGAUCGGCCGCAUCAUCGAGGGCAGUCCGGCUGAUCGCUGUGGGAAGCUGAAAGUCGGUGACCGUAUUAUGGCCGUCAACUGUCAGUCAAUUAUCAACAUGCCUCACGCUGACAUUGUCAAGCUGAUCAAAGACGCUGGACUCACUGUCACCUUGCACAUCAUCCCAGAAGAAGAUGUAAACGGUGCUCAUUCGGCCCCUACAUCAGAGAAGCAGAGUCCCAUGGUGGCCCAGAAGCACAGCCCUCAGACUCAGUCCAGCCCAGCAGCCCAGCAGAGCCCGACCGUGUCUCACCCCAGCCCACCAGCCCCCCACCCCAGCCCGGCCACCACACAGCCCAGCCCCCUACUGAUGGAGCCGGGCCCUGGAGCUCCGCACAGCAGCCCACCCGUGACUCAAAGCAGUCAGGCCGGCCUGGAAGCCAUGCAGUCAGGCUCAGCGGUGACUCAGGCUGCUCCUGUUGUGGAUCCGGGAAUACCGGGAGUUCAGCCCACCUCCAUCGGAUCAGUGCCUGUACCACCACAGCUGUACCUUCAUGACACCAGGUCAGAGGUUAAAGCCAGGCAGGAUGUUAAGCCUGAUAUCUGCCAAGCUGCAUAUACAGACUACAGACAGCCUCCGGUGGACUACAGACAUCCUCCUGUAGCAGACUACAGACAGCCGCCCACCAUGGAGUACAGACACCCACCUGCUCUGAUAGACUACAGACAGCACUCCAUCGCCGAUUACAGACCACAGGACUAUGACUACUUCACUGUAGAACUGGAGAAAAGUGUGAAGGGAUUUGGCUUUAGUAUCCGGGGAGGACGGGAGUACAAGAUGGACCUGUUUGUGCUGAGACUGGCGGAGGACGGACCUGCGAUCCGCAACGGCAGAAUGAGGGUUGGAGAUCAGAUUAUUGAAAUUAACGGUGAGAGUACGAGAGACAUGAGUCACGCUUGCGCCAUCGACCUCAUCAAGGCCGGCGGGCGUCGAGUACGCCUGCUGUUGAAAAGGGGCACGGGACAGGUGCCAGAAUAUGGAAUGGUACCUACCAACCUUACCAUGUGCAUGAAAAGCGACACUCUAGCCUCACCCUAUUUCUUCAUAAUGGGACACUCUAAAGACACGACAGUGCCGCCUCCCGGAGUGCUGUCUCUCCAGCCGUCCCUGCCUUGUCGGAAGUAGUCUCACCCCACUAGCCUGACACUCGCCCUUCGCCGUCACCCGUCAUCUCAUCCAGCCUCAAACCCUGGACUUUCAGUGGCAUUCUGUGACAGUCUGGACCAAUCACGGCGCCCCUCGUGGUCAGUUUUGUGGGGCUUCGCCCACAGAACGAAGGGUGGCAGGUCCACCUGUAAGAGCUGUGCUUUGAACAGCCUAAAAAAAAACAGAGAAGAUGGAUCAUAAAAGCUGAAAAUAUUAAGAACAGAUGGAGACACAUAAACCUCAAAUGGAUUGUCAUAUCCAACAUGCUUUUCAUAUUGUCUUUAAUCCAAGUUUGUUUUUCUUUUUGUUCCGGACGAUCCAGAUGAAGGGCAGCCAAAGACACGUGGCUCGUCCUCUCACUGAUUAAUUCUUGAUCCAGAGCGGAAACUUCUCACAGGGGAAUGAGCCGAACUUUCAACGCCUCGUUCUUCCGUCCGGUGGACCCGAACUCACUUAAUAUGUUUAACAUGUAGAGGUUGUUUAUUUUUUUGUAUAAUUUCAAGACGUUCAUACCAACCCCCUAGCGAUACCAGGGGUCAAAUAUCGCAAAUAUAUGUGUAGCAUGAAACAAGACUCCUGAAGGAACACACUAACUUGUUGAGUUGAGAACUUCAACGUUUCAGUAUUGCGUUUCGUUCUAUGUCUGAUGGGAAAAAAAACUCACCAUAGACAUUGUGAAACACUGACAGUAAAUAUAAAGGGAGACCGCCAUGAUGGAGAUACAAGGGGAAGUAUAACGCUGACCCAUUCUGCCUGGAUUAUGGGAGGUAAAUGCAUAUCAUUCGCCAAAUCUGCCGCAUGGACAAACCCCUUUAGAUCCCAAGACAAUAUGUUACAUUAGUAAGGUUCAGUCUAUGAAUUCCACACCCAGCCAAAUAUUCGGUUACAUUGCGAACUGAACCGGAGAAGGACCGAGGAUGUUUUCGAAGCCUCAGUUUAUCAUUCUGUCCUCAUUGGCCCUGUACUGUGCACCACCACUGUGGAUUUUGGGUGCCAUCUUACACCUCAGAAGCUUCAUUCCCAUGUCUCUGAUGGCUCUGUAGUUCAUGGAAGCUAAUUAACAGAGCUAAUUAAAAAAAGAUGGUUUUUCAGUACAGUUUGGUCUGAGACCAGGAGACAUGUAGUCUUUCACCGUGUCCUAACCAACUGUGACAUUAAAUAUUUUGCCUGUUCUCUCCAAACAUGUAAAUGCUACAAACUUAUUUGAUAUUCACUACAGAGUAAUGUGGAUUUUGGACCAGUAAGAUGUAAUUAUGGGUGGGUCUACUUAGAAAAUUGGCAAAAUUUCCUGCCACUUGUUACAAUUGGAGCUUGUUAGGACAAAAUGUCCAAAAAAUUACUUUUUUAAUGCAUAUUCCUGAUCAAGAUGUGCGUGAUAUUUUGGUAUCAUACCGAUUAUUGGUGGAUUUUGGAUAUUUAAUUUAGCAUUUUAAUUGUGAUAUUUAAAAUGCUCAUUUCCCGUUUUUAUGUUUGAUUACAUUUGCCGUCUCCUAUUGCUCACUUAAAGUUAAUCUUUACAAAUUCUAAUUUAAUAACACUGUUAUCUUUAGCAAGUCUUGCAAUGAAUAUUCAUUUUUGAUACUGUACAUUAUGAUGUUGGGAAUUCACUUGUAGCAUUUAAAACAAUUGUUUUUAGUGUUUUAUUUUAAUUUAUCGAGACAAAAUUAUAUGGAAUUUUAAAUAUUGACCAUUUAUCGGUUAUCGCCCAUAACAUGAAAAUAAUUAUCGGUUUUGUUAUCGGCCAGAACUGUAUAUUCCGGUCACUUUUAUUUAUUGCUUGACGUUUUAUUACAUCACGGUUGGUUAAGACACGGUUAAGGUUCAGCUGGGAGCGAAGACAAGGAAAAAAUAAGUUUUUAAAUGAUGGGGGCAUGAUCAGGGUCUCUCUAGCAUGAAAGGGUGGGACCCAGUUGUAUUGGGCAGAGUGCCUUACUGGCAGGACAAAGAGCAGUAUGAAAUAUGCAUUUUACAUAAAAAUAGAAAUAUCUUAAGAGCUGAGCUUUUGUUUUCACCUUUGAUUGAAUGGUGACAAAUUUGCCAAUUUUUUUUCUGAUGUCGUGAAAUUGUUUCUUUAGUAAAAACAGUGUAUUAAGAUCAAAACUGUGGACAGCAGUAUGAGACAAUAAGGAGAUAGUAUAUCAAGAUUUGGAAUUUGUUUGGCAAACGUUUUAUGCGAACCUCUGUCAUUCUGAGCUUUCAUUAGAUGGAAGAGACAGUGCUUACAAACAGUGUUCCUGUGGCUCAAGUGGUAGAGCAUUGCAUUAGAAGCGCAAGGUUGUGGGUUCGAGUCCCAAGGAACACGUUAGGUAAAAAAUGUUUGCCUGAAUGCACUGUAAGUCACUUUGGAUAAAAGCGUCUGCUAAAUGCAUUAAGGUAAUGUAUCAACAGAAAUGUUUACAGUGACUGAAUCUCACAGUGUGGAGAGAGGAUUUGAUGCAGUGCUUUGCCUCUUUUAUUGUAUUCAUUUAAAAGUGAAAUAGUCUUUUGCUGCUCUGCACCUGUAAUUCUGAUCACAGGCUGAUAACUGUGCCAAGUCAAUUGUUCUUAAGUUAUGUGGAAUGUAAUUCCAGAUUUUUGAGCGGUUGUGUGAACCACAGAAUAUCCUGAAACUAUGUCAGGAGCCACAUUGAAAAGUUGCAUAUCACUUCAAGCUUAUCACAUUCCUACUUCUUAACACUGCAAAAAAAAAAAAAAGUUUUAAUCAGUAUUUUGUCUUGUUUUCCUGUAAUAUUAAACAUUCUUAAACGAGGUUCAUUUUUUUUAGAGCAAGCGAAUAAAUAGACUUGAAAAUGCAUCAAAUAUUUCUUAGCAAAAGUCAUAUUUAAAAUUAUAAAUAUUAAAUUUGAUUUAUUUAAUAUGCUGAACUUUGCUAUGUAUUUUGCCAAAAUAAAUGUAGUUGCUUUGUCAUUUACCAAAAUGUAUUAAAACCUAAACUUAAAUAUUUUAUUUAAUCAAUUAUUAUGCUUGUGUAUGUACACCAUUGUGAGAUUACCAAAUCCAAAGCAAGUGAUGCAAUGCUAAAUUUCUCCAACUCUUCUUCAUCUUGGAUGAUCUGAGGGUACAUUUUGGGUACUUUAUUAUUAUUUUUUUUUUUUUACACAUGUAUCUCUAAGUAUGAACCUCAGUAAAUUAAAUUGAGAUAGUUAUGUUUUAAAUAACAAAAACUUUGCCGGAAACCAAGAAAAAAAAACUGAUUUAAAAAAACUUCUUCUUUUUUUUUUUUUUUUUGCAGUUGCAACAAUGUAUAUUAGUAAUGUGUGCCACUAUAAAAUGCUCCCUGUUCAUAUCUCCCUGAGGGUUUUGUAGCUAGCACAUAAUAUUUGUAGUCUCCAUUGAUUUCCAUCAUUGGGUGCAGUGUGCUAGAUUAAACUGCUGUUUACAUGGAGAGACAGACAGCAAGAAACGGCGAAGGAAAAUGUGGAUGCAUUUAUUGCACAGCUCAUAGCUUUUACCGUUUGAAGCUGUAUCCUGCCUGCUGUGAAAAUAAGGCAAAGAAGAAAAAAAAAACAUUUUAUAUUAUUGAGGAAAAUAUUGAAUCUGUUAAAGAUGGCACAUGCCGGGGCCCAUUCAGAUCAAUAUUAUUGUCUAGUGUUAGAUGUGUAUUUACCUUGUACAGCUGUACUCCUAUAAAUAUGGUUUAAUGUAUUAUUGAUAGUUUCAAAGACUAAGUGAUCAAAUAUUUUUAUGAAAUGCAACAGUACGGAUAUAAUAAAUUUUGCUAAAAUCUUGUUUACCUGUAUGAUAUUCUGAUAUACUGUUAAAUAAACUCUUGACAAAGUUCA